CCUGGCUUCAAGCUCAGUUACACAGCACAGUUAAACAGUUAACUCUGUUAAACAGCACACAGAAGGCAUACAGUAAUACCACUCAUCAACUCUUUGUGCAGAGAGGCCAUGCCCCUUUCGAUGAGGAGAACAGAUACUGAUGCCACACCACAUGGGGUACAACAUCCAGUACCAGUCAAAAGUUUGGACACGCCUCCUAAUUCAAAGGAACCUGGAGGUCCAGGUGAAACACAAGUCUCCAACAAGCAUGGCUUUGAUAAUCUUGCCUAUAUGGCAGGAAGUCUCAGUGAACUUCGACCGAAUUUUGGCCACAUUUCUCGACUAAGUCUAACUCUCACUAGCGGCCCAGAAAGCACUCAUGCCCUCCAGACACAUCUCUCUGCACUCAGCGGUGUUGCCAAUGUGAUUAUUCCCCAGCCCGGUGGCCGAGCAUGGGUAGACUACCAUCCAUCUGCAGUCACGGCCAAAGAGCUCCUACGGGAGAUUCAGGGGAUUGGAUAUGAAGUGACAUAUGUGACCGAUUCUCCUCAACUUGGAGAGCUGGAUCAGGACUGGAGUUUGGUAAGGAUCAGAGUGGAAGGGAUGACCUGCCAGUCAUGUGUACGCUCCAUCGAGGACCGGAUUGGAGCACUGCAGGGGGUUAAAUGUUUAAACAUAUCUUUAAGUAAUAAGGAAGCCAUGAUAUGGUAUAACCCCAAGCAAGUCAAACCAGAAGAUCUAAAGGAACACAUACAAGAAAUGGGUUUUGACGCCUCUCUCAAACAGACAGACUCAAGCUUCCCAAAGACGGCCCAAUCUGAAUGGGUAGAUGCCAGCUUUGGUGUAGAAGGGAUGCGUUGUGGGUCGUGUGUCAAAAAUAUUACAGAGAGCUUAUCUGAAAUGCUGGGUGUUCAGGGUGUGUUGGUGUCUUUGGAAAGCAGAAGUGUGGAUUUGAAAUAUGAUUCGUCUCUGGUCACCAUGGUCACAAUCAAAACAGUAAUAGAGGAACUUCCUUUCGGGAAGUUUAGAGUAACUCCGAAAUUCCAGGAACAGGUUUCUAGGACUUAUGGAUCUGUGCAUUCUCAAAUCUCUGGGCUUCAUUCCUUGGAAAACUCUUCAGUCCAGAAAGUGACGAUUAUAAUAAAGGGCAUGACUUGUAAUUCUUGUGUACAGUCUAUAAAGGAAGUGAUAUCCCGGGAACGUGGUGUGCAUUCUGUCACAGUUUAUCUAAAGGAAGAAAAGGGAAUAAUUACAUUUGAUCCCGGAAUGACCCAUCCUGCAGAACUCAGGGAUGCCAUUGAGGACAUGGGCUUUAAGGCAUCAAUUGAACAAGAUUCUGCUGGUAAUGAGGGCUUACUCAGUAGACAGGCAUCACAAAAAUGCACAUCCUCGCACCUCAAGAACAUGAGUCCACCAAGAACUACGGUCCAAACCCCAAAAUCUCCAGUCACGUCAACAGGAACUGGAGUUCCUGAAGAGAAAAGAACAGAGAAAUGUUUUGUCUGGGUCACAGGGAUGACCUGCGCUUCCUGUGUGGCCAACAUCGAGAGAAAGCUGAUCAAGCAUGCAGGUAUUAAAUCUGUCCUCGUAGCCCUGAUGGCAGGUAAAGCCGAGAUAAGGUAUGACCCAGACUACGUGGAUUCAGCACAGAUAGUUAAACUCAUCGCAGAAUUGGGAUUUGGAGCUUCUUUAAGGAAUGAGGGUGCAAUCAGCAAUGGCCUUGUGGACCUUUCUGUGACUGGCAUGACAUGCGCUUCCUGUGUCCAUAACAUCGAAAACAAACUCCGCAGAACAAAUGGCAUUCUGGAGGCCACUGUUGCCUUGGCGACCAACAAGGCUCGCGUUAAGUUCGAUCCCGAGGUGGUCGGGGCACGUGACAUCAUCAGAGUUAUCGAGGGUCUUGGGUUUGGUGUGUCCUUAAUAAAGAAUGAUGCCUUAAGAAGAAAUGAUGGCUUGGAUUACCAGAAGGAGAUUCGACUAUGGUGUCGAUCGUUCCUGUUCAGUCUGUUCUUCGGGAUCCCCGUCAUAGGUCUGAUGAUCUACAUGAUGGUGAUGGAGAAGAUGCAUGGAGAACAUGGAGGAUACAUACCAGGAAUGCAGAACUUGCUGCCCGGACUCUCAAUACUCAACCUGAUCUUUUUCUUGCUCUGUACCCUGGUCCAGAUUUUCGGAGGCCGAUACUUUUAUAUCCAAGCCUAUCGUUCUCUGAGACACGGCGUAGCCAACAUGGACGUGCUCAUCGUUCUGGCCACUACCAUUGCGUACAUUUACUCCUGUGUUGUUCUGGUGGUAGCCAUGUGCGAGAAGGCCAAGCAAAGUCCGGUCACAUUUUUCGACACACCUCCCAUGCUGUUUGUUUUCAUUAGCCUUGGACGCCUGCUGGAGCACAUUGCCAAGAGAAAGACGUCAAAAGCGCUGGCCAAACUUAUGUCUCUGCAAGCCACAGAUGCGACGAUAGUGACACUGGGCCCUGAGAACUCCAUCAUCAGCGAGGAACAGAUCUCAGUGGAGCUGGUGCAGAGAGGAGACGUGGUUAAAGUAGCACCUGGUGGAAAGUUUCCUGUCGAUGGGAAGGUAAUUGAGGGAAACUCCAUGGCUGAUGAGUCUCUGAUCACAGGAGAGCCCAUGCCAGUCAAAAAGAAGCCUGGCAGUUUUGUGAUCGCGGGCUCAAUUAACGCUCACGGAGCGCUGCUAGUCGAGGCCACACACGUAGGAGCCGAAACAACGCUCAGCCAGAUCGUCCGUCUGGUGGAGGAGGCGCAGACGUCCAAGGCACCGAUCCAGCAAUUUGCAGACAAGCUGAGCGGUUACUUCGUCCCUUUCAUCGUGUUUGUCUCCGUGGCAACGCUGGCAGCAUGGCUCAUUAUUGGGGCUUUUGACUUUGACAUCGUGGCAAAGUAUUUUCCCAACUACGAUAAGAAUAUCUCCAAAAUCGACAUAGUGGUGCGUUUCGCCUUCCAAGCUUCCAUCACCGUUUUGUCUAUCGCCUGCCCUUGUUCUCUCGGCCUGGCGACACCCACGGCGGUGAUGGUGGGGACCGGAGUCGGGGCGCAGAACGGCAUUCUUAUCAAGGGUGGAGAACCGCUAGAGAUGGCUCACAAGAUUAAAGCAGUAAUGUUCGAUAAAACAGGCACCAUCACGAACGGGGUUCCCCGGGUCACCCGGGUGCUGAUUCUAUGGGAUCGGGCACGUUUGCCUCUUCGGAAAGUUCUAGCUGUAGUGGGCACCGCAGAGGCCAGCAGCGAACACCCACUGGGCAUGGCAGUCGCCAAACACUGCAAAGAGGAGCUUGGCACAGAGACACUGGGCUUCUGCCAUGACUUCCAGGCAGUACCAGGUUGUGGGAUCAGCUGUAGAGUUUCCAACAUCGAGGAGCUCCUGCAGACCAGCACAGAGACACAAGGCACACAAAUACCGACAAACGCACACAACCCGACUUGUGUCACCCUCCAGGGAGCCACCACGGAUGAGAGUAGAUUAGUUACAGAUGGAGACGUGGGAUCAGGAUCUCCUUCAUAUUCUGUCCUGAUUGGGAACAGGAAGUGGAUGCAGAGGAAUGGAUUACACGUCACUGUGGACGUAGACGAAGCCAUGAGCAGCCACGAGACAAAAGGACAAACGGCUAUUUUGGUUGCUAUAGAUGGUGUGCUGUGUGCGAUGUUGGCUAUAGCAGACACAGUGAAAGAGGAGUCGGCUCUGGCAGUACACACUCUGAGCCGGAUGGGGAUAGAUGUUAUGAUGAUCACCGGAGACAACCGCCGCACUGCUAAAGCCAUCGCUACACAGGUUGGCAUUAAGAAAGUGUUCUCAGAGGUCUUGCCCUCUCACAAGGUGGCUAAAGUGCAGGAGCUGCAGGAGAAAGGGCUAAAGGUUGCCAUGGUGGGUGACGGGGUCAACGACUCACCCGCUCUCGCUCGCGCUGACCUGGGCAUCGCCAUUGGCACGGGCACUGACGUGGCCAUCGAGGCCGCAGACAUAGUCCUUAUCCGGAAUGAUCUGCUGGACGUUGUGGCCAGCAUCGAGUUGUCCAAAAAGACGGUGCGGCAAAUCCGAAUCAACUUUGUGUUUGCUCUCUUUUAUAACCUGCUUGGGAUACCAAUUGCAGCUGGUGUGUUUUUGCCAGUGGGUUUGGUGCUCCAGCCGUGGAUGGCCUCCGCUGCCAUGGCUGCAUCCUCCGUCUCGGUGGUGCUCUCCUCUUUACUGCUGCACUGCUAUAAGAAAAAUUCAGUGGAUCAAUACGAAUCGAACCGCAUGCGCAGCAUCGGGUCAUCUCAGGUCAGCACUCACGUGGGGUUGGAGGAGAGGCGAUGCAGUCCCCGAACCCUUCGCCGCAGUCGCUCCAGAACCUCUCAAUCUCCAUCAGACUCGCACUCCGAGUCUGAUCGCCACUCCCUGCUCGGGUACGACCAGCGCGGCCAGGAAUUUACAGUGUAGGAGGCCAGAGUUUACAAGCUGCCAAUGCGGGACGAAGGCUUACAGGAGAUACGUCUCUAUUUAUUGUAAAAUGGAACCCGAUCUCAGAAAAACAGGGUGAAUACAAACCUUGUGCUUUUUACACAGUAAA